AUGAGAUCAAAGGAUCAUCCUCCCAGAAAUGUUCAGAAAAGUGACAACAUUCACGAGAGUCCAGGUAGUCCACGAAAUGAAAAGGUAUCAGCAAAAUGGAAUCCUUUUGAUUCGUGCAGGCCUAUUGUAGAUGAAGCUCCCAUCUUUCAUCCAACCGUUGAGGAAUUUCAAGAUACAAUUGGUUACAUAGAGAGCAUACGGCCCAUUGCCGAGGCAUAUGGUAUAUGUAGGAUUGUACCUCCUCCAUCGUGGAGUCCACCUUGCCCCCUUAAAGACAAGAAUGCAUGGGAAUGUGCUAAAUUUUCUACACGAAUCCAGAAAGUUGACUUACUUCAAAAUAGGGAGCCGAUGAGAAAGAAAAGACAUCGGAAGAGAAAACGUAGGAGGCAAUUUAGUUCUAGGCCAAGGAGACGUGCCCGUACUGAAGAUUCAGAAUCAAAUGCUGCUUCUGACUCCGAAGAAAAGUUUGGUUUCCAAUCAGGAUCGGACUUUACACUUGAGGAUUUUCAGAAAUUUGCGGAUGAAUUUAAAGAAUCUUACUUCAAAAUUAACGACAAAAGAGAAAAAAGUUCAAUUGAGACUGGAGAGGAGAAAAGAUCGUUGCCAUCAGUUGAAGAUAUUGAAGGUGAGUACUGGCGGAUUGUUGAGAAACCAGAAGAUGAAGUGGAGGUAUUCUAUGGAGCUGAUUUGGAAACUGGAAUGCUCGGGAGUGGAUUUCCUAAGGAGUCAUCAUUAUCAGUGGAGACUGAAAUAGAUCAAUAUGUGACAUCAGGCUGGAACCUGAAUAACCUCCCACGUUUGCCUGAUUCUAUUCUGCGUUUUGAAGAGUGCGACAUCUCUGGUGUGGUUGUACCCUGGCUUUACAUUGGAAUGUGCUUCUCAUCAUUCUGUUGGCAUGUUGAAGACCACCAUCUGUACUCACUAAACUAUUUGCACUGGGGUGAUCCAAAAGUUUGGUAUGGAGUGCCUACAAGUCAUGCCUCUGCGCUGGAGGAUACAAUGAGAAAGCACUUGCCAGAUCUGUUUGAAGAACAACCCGACUUACUUCAUGAACUGGUCACUCAGUUGUCUCCUUCGGUUUUAAAGUCAGAGGGUGUGCCGGUGUAUCGAGCUGUCCAGCAUUCUGGGGAGUUUGUUCUUACCUUUCCAAGAGCUUAUCACUCUGGAUUUAACUGUGGCUUUAAUUGUGCGGAGGCUGUAAAUGUGGCACCUGUCGAUUGGUUACAGCAUGGACAAAAUGCAGUGGAACUCUAUAGUGCACAACAUCGAAAGACAUCUCUAUCACACGAUAAGUUGCUUUUUGCUGCAGCUCGGGAAGCUGUCAGGGCACUUUGGGAAAUCUCGGUUCUGAAGAAAGAAAAUCCAGAAAAUUUGAGGUGGAGAAGUGUCUGUGGGAAAGAUGGGAUGCUUACCAAGGCAAUCAAGACAAGGGUUCAUCUAGAGGAGAAAAGGAUAGGGAAUCUUUCAGAAGUCGCGUGCUUUCAGAGGAUGGAAAAAGAAUUCGAUCUGAAAGUCGAGAGGGAAUGUUUUUCAUGCUUCUAUGAUUUGCACCUAUCUGCAGCUUGUUGCAGUUGUUCCUCGGACCAGUUUGCAUGUCUUAAACAUGCAAAUCUCAUCUGUUCCUGUGAACCACACAACAGAACUGUCCUUUUCCGCUACACUAUGGAGGAAUUAAGCACGCUUCUCAAGGCAUUGGAAGAGAGCAUAGAUGCUAUAGAAUUAUGGGUAUCCAAGGAAAAUGGAUGGGUUCCAUUAGCUAGUAAUAAUUUCGAGAAUGUGAUACCUUCUCAAGUGAGAGAUAGAGAUGGAAUUAACAUCCCUGAGAAAAUGGAAAUUCCUAGCACGUUGUCACCUGUAACCAGGAACCCAAGUUCUAGUGAUCAAAACUUGAGAAAUGAGGAUAAACCUGAAUCUCCUUGCCUAGAGGAUAAAUCUAAGAUAGGGCAGAAAUGCCAUACUGAUAUGAAUCUUGAUGGGUGUUCUGAUGACCAUAGAAGCAAGUUGCAACAAGCCUUUAAUAGCUGUAAAAAUGAGAUUAUAAAUGCUGGUGGGAUCUGUGAAUCAAAAGGUAUGCAAGAAAUGAAUUUGGAUUUAGAUGCAAAAAGAGAGCAGUAUGUAAUACAACUGGGGAGUGAUUGUGGUUCGACUGUAUCCAAUGUUGCUUCAGACAACAGUUGUCCUCCAAAGUCGAGGAAUGCGGGUAGCUGUAUUGAACCUGUUGGAACUAAGUUGUUUGGGGUUCAUCUUUUUUCUAGUCCACCUUCUGGUGUUCCACUGACGAGCUCAUUAAAAACUGAAACUAAGGACUUCUCAUUUAACGGGAUUUGUGAGGUCAAUCCAGAUUCUGAACAGAAGUUAAGCUUCUGUGUAGAUCCUAUUAAUUUUGGAUCUGUUGUUCAUGGAAAGCUGUGGUACAACAAGGAGACCAUAUUCCCCAAAGGAUUUAAAAGCCGCGUUAAGUUCUUUAACGUAUACAAUCCAAUGAUUACGAGUAACUACGUAUCAGAAAUCCUGGAUGCUGGGCUACUUGGACCCGUGUUCAAGGUAACUUUAGAGGAUUAUCCGUAUGAAAGUUUUGCGAACGUUUCUCCGGAAAAAUGCUGGGAAAUGGUGCUGCAGAGACUUAAUCAAGAAAUAGAGAGACAGAGAUCCUCAGAGAAGCAAGGACUGCCACCCUUAAUGCCUUCAAGUAGCAUCAAUGGUCUUGAAAUGUUCGGAUUUCUUUCUCCAUCCAUCGUUCGGGCAAUUGAGGCUCUUGAUCCGCUUCACCAGUGCACCGAAUACUGGAAGAACAAGCUGCCAUCCACUUCUGGCGAUUCUCUGACUUCCAGAAAGCACCCUGUGGAAACUAGGCAUGAUGAAAUAAAUCUUGAACUAGACGACAGAAUAGAUGGUAGCAGUAAUUCUUUAUCUGAUGAUAAGAUACAGUACAUAUUGCGAAGACUAUUGAGGAAAGCUGAUUCUCAGGAGAUGGAGAUAAUGAAUAGAAUAUUAUGCAAUGGGUCGAGUAGCCCCGAAUGGAGAGUAGCACUUGCAACACUGACAGAGGAAAUGGCGAAGGAGCACGAAAAAGCUAACUAA